AUGGAGACCGCAAUUCGCUUCUCCCAAAACUCCCUUCCUGGAAACCUGCAAAGAUUCUUGUAUGUCGAUGUCGUCGGGAAGUCAUUCAGGCUGUGCAACAUCACCAGUCAGACCAAAAAGAAUUUCAGAUAUGAAACUCUUCAUGCCUCCAGCAAGGUCCCGGCAUUUCGCGCCUUCGACUGGCACCCCGUCAAUGAAGAUCUUGUUGUUGUAGGUCAGGCCGGGGGAGAAGCUACUCUUUUGAACAUAGCAGAGGGCCAACAGGACUCCCUGUCUUUUCAAGUCAGGAGCCAGCGCCUUUGCAACGCCGUGGCUCUCAAUACCCAAAAUCUUUUGGCCGCAGGUCUCGACAAAGUAAGGACAGAUUUUUGUCUGAAUAUCUGGGAUUUCAAUCAGAGGCUACCUGCAUCGGGGUCAAAGGGCUUUUCGAAGAAUUAUUCGGAUCCCCUCCACAAGUUAGCGACCGGGGAACCCAUCACCAGUUUGAAGUUCUUUCAGGACGACCCUUCGCUCUUGGUUGCGGGGGUGAAAGGCCAGUUUGUCAGGCUGUAUGAUUUGAGGGAGCCAUCCAUUGGCAAUGGAUUGCAAUUUGCUACUCGAUGUGUCCAUAACCUGGCCAUCGACUGGCUUGAUGAGAACUACUUUGCUUCUUGCUAUCCGACAAAUGAUCCUUCGAUAUGUGUUUGGGAUCGGAGAAUGAUCAGUCGUGUCAACGCACCACAAAUGGGCUUCUCCGGAGGUUCACAUAAUGAGAGCCGCCAGCCUGAGCUAUCCCUGGAACUGAAGGGCGUGGUCGAAAGCCCAGGUGUCAUUUGGAGCGUGAGGUUCUCUAAAGCUGAGCGAGGUUGUUUGGGCGUUCUUUCCAGUACUGGGCAUCUAAAAGUCUACAACUUGGGCAAAGACUUCUCCUCGGAGACAUACAGGUUUGAACACGACGCAGGUCAUGAUCUCUCAUGGGAGACCAGCGCACCGCAAGAAAUCUUUCUCGAUCGAGCGCAGGACCUCGAGAGGCCAUAUACAAAUCCGUCUUUACCAAUAGAUGAGAAAUCGAGAAUCGUGUCCUUCGACUUCACAACAGCCACGACAAAGAUGAGACAAUCAAAGAUGCUGACACUUGAUGGACAGGGUCAAGUCAAACUCACAUCACCAAGCCCUCCUCCAGGCCCUGCAACUCUCUCUUCGGCUGGAUAUCUAUAUAAAGGCAACAAUUUUGUUGAACAAUUACCCACUGCUACUACAGAACCGGGAACCUUGAUCGAUCAAGUCCGCCGCCGAGCUCAGCCCCGAAACCUUCUCAGACAAACUUUCAAGCAAUCACGACAGAACAGAACGAUUCCCGACACAAAAAGAAUGUCGAGUCUAGAUGACCAGUCAUGGUACGCAGAUUUAGGGUUUUACGAGAAGGACGUGCCACUGCCGGACCUCAUGGUAUUGAUCUCUAUCCAGCGACUGCGUUGUGAAGCAGGUUAUCUUCUGAACCCGUCCAAGAACAAAGCGAUCGUCUCAGAUUCGCAUUGGCUACAGUCUUUCUGGGCUUGGGUGGAACGCGCCGCGAAGAUAUCCAAGAACGGCAAUAUGGCACAAGAUAAUUUCGAUCUAUCUUUCGUUGGUGUUUACGGUCUUUGGAUGGAAGACAUCGAUCCCAAGCAUCGAAAACUCGGUCAGAGCCCUAAUAAACUUGGCAAAACCAUUGAGAACCUGGUCCGACGCUUGAACAUACCCAGCAUCAACAGAAUGACGACCGAAUACACUGCAAAUAGGCUGAUCUGCCUCCAUUCAGCCGGCUUAGCCUGGUCAUCCGAUGAACUCGACCUGAUUGUCAAACGACUAGUGACCAAAAACCAACACACCAAAGCAGCAGCAUUAGCUCUGUUCGCGAUGGAUCGUAAACUCGCCUAUAAGGCUCUCCGCAGCAAAACUGCUAAUCAGUCCCACAAAAUGUUGGCCAUGGCAAUUGCGGGGGAAUUCAAGAAAGCCCGAAGUGAUGACGCUGGAACGAUGAGUCCUGAUGAGUCAGAUGCGCAGGAUGACUGGGUUGACGCGAUUUCGUCUCUUAGCGAAGAGUUGACUGAUCCCUAUGCCCGCGCGAUCCUGGCAUAUGUCAAAACUGGAGAUUGGUCAAAUGUAGUUGCGGAAGAGUCUCUUCCUCUGAAAUACCGCAUCUGCAUCGCUUUGCGACACUAUGACGACUCGAAAUUGACAAACUACAUCUCUCAAGCGACCAAGGAUGCUGUGACGGCAGGAGAUAUUGAAGGUGUCAUUCUGACUGGAACGGCAACGCAGCCUGCCUUUAGCCUUAUGAGCAGCUACGUCCAGCGCUUCGGUGACCUGCAGACAGCGGUAUUGGCACUUUGCUCGACCGUUCCACGAUAUUUGGAUGACGAAACAGUGCUUUGCAAGUUCAAUGCCUGGAAAGAUGCCUAUAGACACAUGAUGAACAGCUGGAAUCUGAAGUUUGAUAGAGUUCGAUUCGACAUUGCCUGCCAAAAUGUUGCCAGAGAUGAAACAGGGAGACCGCUCAUACCGCCGGCAAAGCAACAAGUACGUCUUGUCUGUGGAUUUUGCGCACAGAGUAUCGCACAUUUGGCUGGGGUGGAUGGAGAAAAUGCACCAGGCCACAAAGUUGUGGAAACAGCUCGGCACCCGCUCACUAAGGAGAAGGCUGCAGCCGUUGGAAUCGUUUGCCCUAGAUGCGAACGUCAUUUGCCUCGUUGUGGUGUUUGUGACCUUUGGCUUGGAAUUCCUGACGAAUCGUAUCUGCCAUGGUAUGGGCCUCAACAGGCUUCAAAGCACCAGGCUGGAAAACCCAGUCUUGAUCUCAGCGCGAGCGUUGCGGGCAGUGUGCAGACGACACUGGGACCCGACACCACGCCAGGGCCAGCCGCCAAGGGAACCAGCUCGCCCCGGCCGAGACAUUCAGUACAAAUGAACUCGAAAAUCUCAACAAGUGACUCCUCAACAAGGACGACCGUUCCUACUAGCCAGGCAGCCAGCAAAGGAGUGGACACGGUCCCCGACAUUCUGGUGGCUGCGCCAUCAGGAUCAGCUCCAGGUCAAGAGCCUGAAAGCGAAAUGAAGACGGUUGGGACAGCACGGAAGUGGGACAGUGCAAUGUCUCGAUUCACAGUGAUGUGCCUCAAGUGCUCUCAUGGAUGUCACGCCGCACAUGCACGGAUGUGGUUCGAAAGACAUCGUGUGUGUCCCGUUCCAGACUGUACGUGUCUAUGUAACGAGUGA